AUGGUACAUCUGCAAGCAAGGCCCGCUAACGCGGUUGGAAAGCAGCAACCAUCGUUCUUCACUAUACCGGGUCCACUCAAGUGCAUAGCAAUGUCACUUUUUCUUACUCAGAUAUCUGUUGGUGUUAAUGCCAGCUCUGCCCAAUCCCCUAUCCCAACUACAUCUCUGAUCAGACACGGUCAUUCGCUCGACAUCCGGUCCCGAAACAUCGUUCUACCCAGUGAUCUUCAGGAGAUCAUUCUGAAUGGCCCCGAUGAGCAAAAGGCCCGCGAGUGGAAUCUUCACUAUACGUCCGAGCCACAUUUUGUGGGCCAAGGAGAACCGCUCGCUGAGUGGACUCAAGACAAAUGGCGCGAAUUUGGAAUUGAGAACAUUUCCAUCAAGUCAUAUCCAGUUCCAGAUGGGCCCACCCUGCCGCUGUAUCAAAGGCUUGCUUUACUCGAGCGGAAGCCUGAGAACGACGACGACACAGUGUCAUUCAACGCUAGCCUGAACGAAGGUUCGACCUUCGUGAACCCCAUCAGCGGAAAGAUUAUCAGCACUCCUCAAUUCUUCUCCAGUACACCAAGUGCAAAUGUUACGGCACCCUUUGUGUUUGUGAAUUAUGGUACGGAUUCAGACUACGAUGAGCUACAACAAUCCAAUAUCGAUGUGAGUGGCAAGAUUGGGAUUAUGAAACAAGGUGAACCGUACAUCCCUAGCGCGCUAUAUGGAGCACAGAAAAGAGGCAUGGUAGGCUUGGUAGUUUAUCUCGAUCCGCAGUUUGACGAAAAUAUCACCGAAGCACAUGGCUACUUGCCGUUCCCUGAAGGCCCGGCUAGGGCACCAAGCAGCAUGGUGCGGCGAAUGGGCCUCCCUAGCAUCGAUCCUUCACUAAAGAUCCCUGUCAUACCAAUCUCAUACUCCGAUGCCCUCCCAUUUCUCAAGGCUCUUAACGGCCAUGGGCCACAGGCGAGCGAGCUCAGCACCGCUUGGCAGGGAGGCCAGUUAGGAUAUCUAGGGGUCAAUUACAACGUUGGACCAUCACCGGACGGCUUGACCAUGAACCUAGUGAACACAUUUCAGAGUUACAAUGUCUCUGUAUACAAUGUUGUCGGGGCGAUAAAGGGCGAGAUUGAGGACGAAGUGAUCAUCCUAGGAAACCAUCGUGAUGCGUGGGCUGCUGGUGCUGGCGACCCAAAUAGUGGUUCUGCAGCCCUAAAUGAAGUCAUCCGUACGCUUGGUACCGCUAUGAAGAAAGGUUGGAGACCAUUCAGAACCAUAGUAUUUGUCAGUUGGGAUGCCCAUGAGACAGGAGGCUUGGGGUCCUCCCGCUGGCUAAAGGAAAAUCUACCGUGGUUGUCUGAAGCGGCUGUCUCUUAUCUUGAAAUUGAGACUGCUGCUACUGGCACAAAGCUCUUCGCCAAAUCCAGUCCUCUUCUACGCGACGUCAUCUAUGCUGCCGCUGAGAAGGUUCUCUCCCCCGACCAGAGUCAACCGGGACAGAGCAUCAUGGAUGUAUGGGGUGGUCAGCUAGAGCCAGAAGGCGGAGGGGACACUAAUAGUUUCGUUUCAAAUGGUUUUGCCUCCCUCAACCUUGGCUUUGCUCCUGGUCCAACGGAUCCUAUCUUCCACUGGCACUCGGACUUCGACAAUAUACAAUGGAUGGACACUUUCGGGGACCCAACCUACGAGUAUCAUACUGCAAGUGCUAAACUGUGGGCGCUGGCUGCAACGCACUUAGCAGACGAGCCGGUCAUUGCCUUCAAUACCACGGCAUACGCUGUAGCAUUGGAUGGUUAUCUAGACGAGCUGAAAGACGCAUUGAAUAAAGCAACAUCAGCCGAAGUCGAUCAAGAAGGGCAAGAUUCCUGUACUGUCAAUCUCCAAUCAUUGAAAGAUACAAUUGCAGAGCUACAUCGGGUGGCUGUUCAGUUUGACACGGCUGCAGCAGACCUUGCAGCAACGCUGGCCGGAAAAAAUACGACGAUAACGUCUUCAACCUACCAGGAAGAUAAGAAGAUCCAGGAUAUUAACCGGAAGUACAGAAAAUUUGAGAGACAAUUCGUGGCUGCCUCAAAUAGUUCAGGAGCAGGUUCAUCCCAUGUGGUGUAUUCGCGAUCCUCGUACAAGUUUCCUGAGCCUACUUUCCCCGAUGUUACGAGCAACGUGAAAGCCGGGAAUUGGUGCAAUGCAGAGAAAUCGAACCAAAUUGUCAUAGAUGCGGUACGCAACGCUACGGCGUUGUUACAAUCGUAG